GUAAGCUCUCUUCGGCUUUUCCUGUUCCAGGUAAAAGCUGUUUCCAUCCAUCUCUGCUUUCUUUUCGCCCUCUGCAAAUCCUCGCCGUGUGAUAAUAUUCUGAGAAAAUUGAGGAAGAAGAAAUAUAGCUGGGCCCCGGAAAUUCUCCAUUUGUUGGGCUUCUGCGAGAUUUCGAUCUCAGCGAGUUUCUAUUCAGCGAUCUGGCCGAAGUUUUGACUAAUGGGGAGCGAUCUCAGGAUGAACGCUGAAAUGGAGGAGACCGACGGUGAGAUCCAGGACAUUCUUCGCGCCCUAGCCAAUGGGUUUCAGAAGCUGGACAAGAUCAAGGAGCCUAAUAGACAAAGCAAGCAGCUUGAGGAGCUCACUGCAAAAAUGAGGGAGUGCAAGCGCCUAAUAAAGGAAUUUGAUCGUGAAAUUAAGGAAGCGGAGAAUAACAAUUCUCCUGAGAUCAAUAAGCAGCUCAAUGACAGGAAGCAAUCCAUGAUCAAGGAGCUAAACUCAUAUGUAGCCCUCAGGAAGACGUAUAUGAGUAACCUCGGCAAUAAAAGGAUAGAGCUAUUUGAUUUGGGCGGUGGAAGCAAUGAUCCUGCGGCUGAGGAAAAUGUUCAACUUGCAUCAACUAUGACAAAUCAAGAGCUAAUAUAUGCUGGCCAGAAGACAAUGGAAGAAACCGAUCAGGCGAUCGAGCGGUCGAAAGCGGUUGUGGAGCAAACAAUCGAAGUGGGAACACAGACAGCUUCAAAUUUGAAGGGCCAAACCGAGCAAAUGGGCCGCAUUGUGAACGAUCUUGAUACAGUCCAGUUUACCAUAAAGAAGGCGACUCAACUUGUGAAAGAAAUUGGCAGGCAGGUUGCAACCGAUAGAUGCAUCAUGCUUUUCUUGUUCCUGAUUGUCUGUGGUGUAAUUGCAAUCAUUGUUGUCAAGAUUGUAAAUCCGCACAAUAAGAAUAUUAGAGAUAUACCCGGGCUCGCACCGCCAGCACAAACCUCAAGGAAACUUCUGUCAACAAUUCCUUCUGAAGGAACCUUUCAAUAUUUCUAAUGGAGAUCAUUUUCCUGAUGCCAUUUUCCAGAGUUCCUCACCUCAAGGCUCAUCCAUGCAGAGAUUCAGUUAAGUGGUAAUUUUCUCCUUAAAUUCUUUAAUAUAUAUUCCAUCCUCUUAACAAUUUAGUGGUUCAGAAAAAUACAGAAAAAACUUUCAGUAUUAUUAUGUUUAAUAUUGAUAUGCUUCUCUAGCUUGUUUUUCUCUUCAUUUGUAUAUGCUUUAGAUCAACCAAUGUAUUAUUAUGUGUUUCAUUUGUUUGCAUCUAGCUGUAA